AAAACGCUGAAAUUUUCUGUAUGCCCGUGAAAAAUCAUUAUUAAAAGAGUUUUUAAUUAAUUUUUGAGAAUAAUUAAAACAAAUCCCUGGAAGAAAACUAGUUUUUAAAACAAAAACCCUUAAAAUAAGACAAAAAGUUAUGGAAAUAAAUAAAUCUAUUUAAAAAAAAAACAUUGCUAGUGACUUUAAAAAAUAAAAUAAAAGUGAACUAUUUAACUAUAAAUUGAUUAAAUUGCAUUCCAAUUCGAAUAUGUCUGUUGACGUUAUAGAGCCAACGUGUAUGCUGCCGCAGAAAAGAGCCCGAGAAAGCAUAACUUUGUCAGACGAUAGCGUCUCUAAAUGUGGUGAGCUAUUUGUCACCAAUUGUGCCGACAAAUGGACAUUUUAUUGUACAUAUUGCCAAAAGGCUACCACUGAUAUUGGUGUGUUCAUUUGCCACAUCAGACUGGAGCAUUUGAAUGAGCAGCAAGAUUUGCAACAAAGUCAACAAACUACUCCUGCACUGGCAAGCCAUGUGGCCGCAAUACAAAACGAUCUAAAUCUAGAUCGCUCUUCAAGCGGCACACCAAUCGAAUGUUCUCUACCCAGCGAAGAACCAGCCGCUAACACAGAAGAGCAGAAGCAGCCAAUAGCAAGACAUAUUGUUAAAGAAGAGCCAAAAGUAGAGGCUAGAGGACAAGAACAUUUUGACUACAUGCCAAUUUGUACUACAGUUUCGAAAAUUGUAGAUAUUUCCGCCUUAACCCAGCCGGCAAGUAAAGAAAUGGAGGAUGAUAUUUCUGAUAAGAUUUUCCCAUCUUCAAAUCCUUUAGAGGAACAAUUUAAUGAAGAAUUUGUAAUUUUAUCGCCAAAGGCAGAAGCCGAAAACAUUAAAGAAGUCAUAGAAGUCGUUUAUAUAAACGAUGAAAAUAUAAAUGAGGAAGAAGACAUGCAUGAUGUCAGUGAUACUGCUGGUUCGCAAUAUGAUGGUGAGAGCAAUGAAGAGGAUGAGCUAACAAAUGAAUCUGGCACAGAUGAGGACAACCAGGCCAGUGUUAGUACAGUUACAAAGAAGAAAAGAUUCAGACGGUCAAUAAUUAAUAAAUGUGAAUAUUGCCAAAAAUAUAUAAGAACUAAAAGCGGCCUAAUUAAGCACAUAAUAAAAAGACACGAUAAAAACUAUUACAAGGACUUUCCGUAUCAAUGUCAAAAGUGUAUUAGAGGUUUCAAAAGUAAAAAUGGUUUGAAAUUUCACGAAAAAAUGCAUGAUAGUAAAGUGUUUGUACAAUGUCCCCUGUGUCCAGCUAAACUACGUGACAACUAUUUCGCUACACACAUUAUGACACAUGAAAGCGAGACAUGUUUUCCCUGUCAGGUUUGCGGCGAAAUAUUUAGCAGUCAUGAGCAACGUUUGCAACAUUGGAAUACACAUGCCGUAGACCAGCCAUUUGGUUGUAAUAUUUGUUAUCGCCGCUAUAAGAAACAACAAUAUCUGUUGAAACACUUGAAAUGCCACAAAUCACACAAUUGUUAUUUUUGUAAAGAGGAAUUUAAUUCACUGGUCGCUCAGCUGCCACCCUAUGCUUGUCGAAACUGUGAAAAGAAAAAAGUUAAAUAUCUAACAUAUAAGGAAGCGGUAGAGCCAACUGAAGACUCAACUAAAGAUGACUCAAAUUUGGAAUCUCUUGAUGAUGACAAUACGCCCAGCGGCAGUUUAAACUAUACCACCACAGAAUCCAUAAAUCGUGCAACUAAAUGUGUUGUGCUGCUGUAUAAAUGUCAGGAUUGCAAAUAUAAAUCUACCACAAAAAGCGGCAUGCAAAAACACUUGGAAAGUUUUCAUCGCAAGUACAGACAAACAAAUUUGCCCUUUAAAUGUGAGCAAUGCAAUAGAAGUUUCAAAACCAAGUCGGGCCAAAGCUCCCACCUCAAGACCCAUGACAAAAACAAUCAAUUCCAGUGUCCCGUGUGUCCGCAAACCUUCGUCCGGGAUAGUAUUUUCGUGCCUCAUGUCAUGUCGCACGAAAGCGAGUCUUGCUUUCCCUGCCAGGUGUGUGCGAAAAUAUUUCCCACAAAUACCGAAAGACUGGCCCACUAUCAGCCGCACAUCAAAGAGCGGCCCCAUGGUUGCGAUAUUUGCUAUCGACGUUUUUAUCAUCAGCAUUAUCUAAGAAGUCAUCUGAAAACUCAUGGUGUAUAUUUCUGUAAUUUCUGUCCGCAACAUUUCAAAUCAAAGGCAAAUCUACAAAAACCCUAUGUUUGUGGAAAUUGUGAAAAGUUGCCCGAUAUAAAAAGCACCGUAGACCAUCAACGGUCUUUGUCGAAUAUAAGACAUGUUUUUGAUUCGGAUGAGGAUGAUGAGGAGGAGGAAGACGAUGAUUAAAAUAAUUAUGUAUUGAAAAUUUGUAUAAGAUCGUUACUAUCCAUACAUACAUAUUUUAUUUCAGCUUUUUCUUAUUAAACUUUGAAAUUAUUUUUUUUUUUUCAGGAAAAACUCACUCUAAAAAUUAUUUUAUAACAAAAAAAAAAAAUGUCAAGUUAUAAAAUAAAAAAAUAUUUUGUAAACAACAAGUUUUAAUUUAAUAAAUCAUAAAAUACUUAAAGAAAAA